GCGUCCAUUUAACCUCGUAUGGGUAAUGGAUUAUGAAGAACUUACUGCUGAGGAGAAAGAGAGGUUACGGUUUAUCGGACAGCAGAAAGCUCAAUUGAUGAAAAAUAUUGAGUCACUCAAACUUGAGCUGAAUGAUAUAACGAAUCAAAUCGAAAGUUUCGGUUUCACGAUUGAUGGAGAAGACCCAUCUUUAUGGCGGCUUGCACUUGGAUGUAAAAAAUUUAAUAGCAAUCCGAAGCAGGGUCUCGAAUACCUUUUCGAUCAAAAUAUAAUAGAGCGAUCUCCUGAAGAUGUGGCUAAGUUCUUCAUUGAUCAAAAUGAUAGUAUAUCUAAAUAUGCUGUUGGGACUUAUAUCGGAGAAGUUCGAAAAGAAUUUAACAUGCAAGUCUUGGAUGCAUUUACAAAGUUGCACAACUUUAAAGAUCAGGAGUUUCUACCAGCUCUAAGACAAUUCUUGCUUAGUUUUCAAUUACCAGGUGAAAGUCAAAAAAUCGAUCGUAUUUUGACAAGUUUUUCUGAACGUUAUGUAGAACAGAAUCCGACAGUUUUCAAUUCACCGCACGAGGCGUAUGUAUUGUCCUAUGCUGUUAUCCUGUUGAACACAACACUGCAUAAUACCAAUGCAAAAAGUCAUAGUCUUGGUUUAGCCGAAGAAAAGACAUUUGUACGUACAAUGAUGGAAUUCGAUGAAGAGACCAAUUUAUCUGAAGAUCUUGUUCGUAAAAUUUAUCAUGCUAUUAAAACAGAACCACUUCGUGCUGUUUCUGACGAUCUAUCAGUAUAUGGUACCAAUCAGAAUAAUGCAAUUCAUAAAGGAUGGCUAUGGAAACUCGGCGGUAGAGUUAGAAGUUGGAAAAGACGAUGGUUUGUGCUGACAGAAGAUAAUCUACUUUAUUAUUUGACACCUGAACGUUCUCGUCAAACAAAAGGUGUCAUCCAAUUGGAAGGGAUUAAUAUUCGACUGAUAAAUGAUAAAACGAAAGAAUACUGUUUUGAAUUAUUUUGUCCACGGAAUCAAUUGAUUAAAUCGUGUAAAGUUGAAAGAGAAUUAGCCUCAGCUCCAGGUCAUCACACAGUAUAUCGAAUGGCUGCACCUACGCAAGCUGAACGUGAUGAAUGGAUUCGUAUGCUUGAACGUGUUACGCAUCGAUUAGCUGAACGACGUGGUACACGAAGUAUCAGUGUCGAUUGUACUUCUAGUAGUAGUAGUACUGCUGCUGCUGCUUUUGGUGGUGGUGGCGGUGGGCCUGGAUCAUCAUCAUCAAUGACUAUAGGACGAAAACCAGGCGGUAGUCAUUUACCGCCUCCUGUCUCUUCUGUAUCACUUCGACGUAAUGGUGCUGGCAGUCAACCAGAUUUACCUAGUCAACAGUCUGUGUUAAACUAGUUCUUAUUAUGUUGUUUUUUUAUUUAAAAAAAUUUGUUUUCUCCCCUCUUUGUUUUGAUGCAUUUUUGGUGCAUUCUGAUGAUUGUAAAGUAAAUAUUUUGAUUUUUUGAUUCUUUGUUUGUUCACUUAUUUAUUUAUUUUCUGUGUUUUUGUAAUUCCUGUUAUCCACACCUCAUUUGUUGACAAAACAGAGGCACAAAGACCGAUCGUGAUGAUCGAUAAACUCUGCUUUCCCCACUCCCUCCCCAAACCCAAGUUGUGAAUUUCAUUAGCAUAUAUGUCAAGCGAAACACAUUCCUGUUAUUCUUCGCCUUUUCCUCUCCUAUCCGCCUACCCACCUCUCCAACACAUGUUUUCAUUGUUCUCGUUUGAUCUGAUCUGAUCUGAAUUAUUUAUUUGCGAUCCCAAAGAUUUGUCUGACUGUUCGUUUUUAUUUUGUUUUGUUUUGUUUGUUUUUCUGGUAAUUGGAUCUUGUUUAUGUGUAGUUUUUAUAUUGUCUGUCAAAUGUUCCCUCUCACACAUGCACACACACACAAAGAGUCAUAGUCAGUCAAUCUACUCACUCAUCUCCCCACCCCCAACCCAUGGUGUACGUGUCAAUGGGGCAAAAUGAAAUACGUGAGAAAGUAGACAAACACGGGAUUUAUGACUGUAUAAAAUGUGUCCUUGUCAAGAUUGGAGAACAAACGCAGUGUCCGUUUGUGUGUGAAAUACCGGGGUUGUUUUUCCUUGUCUGUCUGUUCGUGUGUUUGUUUCCUCAUGUUUUCUACUGCUACUUCUAUUCUCUCUAUAGUUUUACCCAUCCAUCUAGGCACUCAGUCCCUCAUUCAUGGAUUCAUUCACUGAUUCACUGUCUCCUCUGUUAUGUGUACAUGGGGAACGAACCCCCCCCCUCCACUUUCUCUUUUAAUAUGUGGGAGAGACACAAUGUAUAUUCUGUGUAUUAAACGCUAGAUUCUUUUUGAUGAAAGUACUGUCGUUCUUCCUCUUUUUUUAAAAUUUCUAUUCGUCUUCUCUCUUCGAGGUUUUUGCCUUUUCUGUUCAUAGUUGUAUGGUAUUCACUCCCGUUACUCUAUCGAUCUAUCUAUCCAUCUGUCUAUUUGACGAUAGAGAUCUAACUUUUGGUGUAUUCCUCUUCGGCUUCCUCUUCUUCUUCAGCAAUGGUGUUAAUAAUAUAUUUGUUCUUAUUCCUUCAGUAGUAAUAAUAAUAAUAAUAAUAAUAAUAAUAAUA